ACAUCACCCCGACAAAUUGCGUUACAUAAAGGGGUAAAAUAGUCAUUAUGUGCAGAGAGAUAGACGGAAGCAAGGUAUCUGAAUUUCCUAAAGCCAUUAUUUCUUCCAAUGAAUAUUAAAAAUCGACAUUUUAAACAAAUCUUCUCCACAUACGCUUUCUCUCUCUAUAUUCUCUCUGUCUUCUCUCUAAAUUUCCCUCUUUUGCAAAUCUAGGGUUUACAGUUUUCAGCACUUUCUCUUAAUUUACACCUAUUUCUUCUCUUAUUUAGGCUAUUUAUCAUAAGAGUUGCUAAGAAAUUGCAGAUCCUUACUGUAAUUUCAACUCAGAAAUCUGUACAUACAAUUUAGUUGUAUAAAUUUGACUUUGAUUGUUCUUCCCUUUGUUUUUACAUUAAAUCCAAAAAAUUAGUCAUAGAAUAUCACAGAUCUACCUAAUUGUUCAUCUUCUGAUUGUAUAUAUACUUCUAUAAUCUCUAAAGUUCUUUCGAACAGCUCAGAAAAUCUUUGAAUUUCAUUUGUUCUUUUAAUUUUAGCUUCUUUAAGGUUCAUCAAUGGCGGUUUCAACGAUUGCGCUGUACGCAAGUCCACCGAGUAGCGUAUGUUCAACACCACAUCCAUGUUCAAUUAAUUCACACUCAUCUUCUUAUGAUUUCGAUCUCACUACUAGAUCUCCUUCAGCAAGCACUCAAUCACCUUCAUCAAACAAUCAACGGCAAGUAAUUGGGGGAUUAUCCUCUCUCCUGAAACACUCGUCGUCGUCAUUGUCAAAUGACGAAUUUACAAAAGUGACCAUGGAAGAUCACAAUCAUUAUCAUCAUAGUCAGAAUCAAUUCAGCAAUUUGAGCAGUUCAUUUCGCUAUUCAAAUUCAUCGUCCUUGAAGCGAGAAAUGCACAGCCCGGUUUCGGUUUUUCAGGGACCGGUAUCGGUUACGAGUAGUAGCUUUAAUGGUAGCGUUGUUUCGGGUUCAUUUUCGGGAUUGGGAGCGUUCCGGGUUAAUAGUACGACGAGUGUGUUGUUGAAUGGGUUUGUGAGGAAUUCGUUAGGGUCGUGUUUGGAUCAUGAUGUUGAUGAGCUUACGUUUAACAUGGAAGAUCAUUUUGUGUUUGGUGAUGGUGUCGUGGAAUUGUUGGCAAGUGCUCAGCUUAGACAUAAGAUCUUUUACGAAGAUUUUGUUAUCAAGGCUUUUUAUGAGGCUGAAAAAGCUCAUAGAGGACAGGUGAGAGCAAGUGGUCAUCCAUAUUUGCAACACUGCGUGGAAACUGCAGUGCUUUUGGCUUCCAUUGGAGCGAACGCGACUGUUGUUGCUGCUGGUUUAUUGCAUGACACGAUUGAUGAUUCUUUUGUGACAUAUGACUAUAUUUUUAGCAACUUUGGAUCUGGAGUGGCUGAUUUGGUUCAUGGGGUGUCAAAGCUAAGUCAUUUGAGCAAGCUUGCACGUGAAAAUAAUACGGCAAAUAAAACCGUUGAAGCAGAUCGUCUCCACACUAUGUUUCUUGCUAUGGCUGAUGCUAGAGCAGUCCUAAUAAAAUUGGCUGAUAGAUUGCAUAAUAUGAUGACACUGGAUGCAUUGCCCUCUCAUAAGCAGCAGAGGUUUGCAAAGGAAACACUGGAGAUAUUUGCACCGCUGGCUAAUAGACUUGGUAUCUCUACUUGGAAAGAGCAACUAGAGAACUUGUGUUUCAAGCAUCUCUACCCAAAUCAGCAUAGUGAAUUGGCCUCUAAGCGUAUGAAGUCAUUUGAUCAAGCAAUGAUCAGAUCUGCUAUUGAGAAACUUGAAGAAGCUCUCAAGAAGGAAGAUAUAUCGUACCACGACUUGUCUGGUCGUCACAAAAGCUUAUACAGCAUUCAUCGGAAAAUGUCAAAGAAGAAUUUGACGAUGGAUGAGAUUCACGAUAUUCAUGGACUGCGUUUGAUUGUUGAGAAUGAGGAUGACUGUUUUAAAGCACUAAAAAUAAUUCAUCAGUUAUGGUCUGAAGUGCCGGGGAAGUUCAAAGAUUAUAUUCAUUGUCCAAAGUGCAAUGGAUAUCAAUCCCUUCAUACUGUUGUGGUCGGUGAAGGAAUGGCCCCUCUUGAGGUUCAAAUACGGACUAGAGAAAUGCAUCUGCAAGCAGAGUAUGGGUUUGCUGCCCACUGGAGGUACAAGGAAGGUGAUUCUAAGCACUCAUCGUUUGUACUUCAAAUGGUGGAGUGGGCUAGAUGGGUGGUCAACUGGCAGUGUGAGGCAAUGAACAAGGACCGGACAUCCCUCAAGCCUCCAUGUAAAUUUCCAACACAUUCUGAAGGUUGUCCAUAUUCCUAUAAUUCGCAGCCUAAUCAAGAUGGACCUGUUUUUGUCAUCUUAUUAGAGAAUGACAAGAUGUCUGUUCAAGAGUUUCCGCCAAACUCCACCAUGAUGGAUCUGUUAGAAAUGACGGGUCAUGGGAGCCCUCGCUCGACAUCUUAUGGUUUCCCUGUGAAGAAAGACUUGAGGCCUCGACUCAAUCAUCUUCCUGUGAAUGACCCCACUUGCAAGCUGAAAAUGGGAGACGUAAUCGAGCUAUCUCCUGCUAUACCUAACAAGUCGCUGAUCGAGUACAGAGAAGAGAUUCAACGCAUGUACAAUCGGGGUUUAUCAGUUUCAGCACCUACCCCUACCACCACUGGUGCUAGUGUGGUGUGCUGGAGAAGUUGACCAAAUUUGCAAAAUGCAACUUUAGUUGUAGGAUUACAGUUGAAUAACACAAAUCUGUUUCUGUAAAUAUAAAAUUUGUACAGAAAAACCUAUUAUGGUUCAUGUAUGUGGGAAUAUAUAGAAUUGUGUCUAACUGCAAUUGUUUAUUUAAUUUCAGAAAUGAAAAGAUAAAAAAGAAAUGUUUUCGUCUGUUCCCACACAUAA